AUGACGGCUGCGGCUAGCAGUGCAGCAAAGCCGCAUUUAUCAAUCAACCAAGUCAAAUCCUCCUUGCGGCAGACAAAAAGGCUGCUUGCAAAAUCGAAUCUCGCCGAGAAUGUGAAGCUGGAGGCCGAGCGGCGCCUGGCGGCACUGGAAAACGACUUGGAGAAGGCACAAGGGGUACAGCUGGAGAAGAAGAAUGCUGAAAGGUACCACAAGGUGAAAUUUUUUGAGCGCCGGAAAUUGGAGAGACGAAUUGGCAAGAGCAAGAAGGCUUUGACUCUCGCGAGUGACACGCAUGCAAAGGAGGCAGCGGAAGUGAACCUAUACAACGAUCGCGUUUUGCUAAAUUACGUGCUCAAUUUUCCGACCUCACAAAAAUACGUAUCACUACUCCUAUCCGCCGCCGAACAAGUUGAAGCGGCGGGAGAGCAAAGCGAUAGCAAAGGUGCAGCUGGUACAUCCCAGGCGCAAAGCAGGGCACUUGCAGCCGCGUUGGCAUUCAAAGAGGAGGUCGAGAAACGUAUGGAAGCAGGAGAACUCCCCGAUCAGCCCGAGGUAGCGCUUUCCGAGCGCUACAAGGAGAAGAGACUGCGUGCCGCGGAACCUGAAUCCAACCACAGCGCAAAGCGAGUCAAUGCCAUAAAGGGCAAAUCACUGGCCAAAGGCCCUCAUGGUCAAUCUCUCGCAGACGCUGCAUCAAAUACAACCGUCUCUGAUGCUGAUUUGAAUGAGGACGAUGUCAUUCCCAUGGUCGGAGGCGAGAGCGACGAACACGACUCCUCGAACUCGGAGUCCGGCAUCGCAGAUGAUGAUAGACAGCGGAAUGUGUCUUCGAAGCAGGUUGAGAGUGUCGUCGCUGCAAGCGGAGCCAAGCCCCCUCGGAAGAGGCAACGUCAGCGAGGCAGCUCUGAUCAAGCAUCUGGAGCAAGCAUCCCAGAGGUUGAGCCGAAUUCGGAAUCUGCCGCCACAGUUCAAGGCGACGGCCUAAGGACAUCAAAGCCUAGACGACAGAGAAAGCGCAGUGCAAUCACGGGCGGUGGAGUCGAAAAAGGAGAUAUGCGUACGGACAAAAAAGCAACGGUGCAAAAUGCGGAACACACCGUCAGUGACUCCGUAUCAGAUGGCAAGAAGCGACGACGGCGGGGGACUACGAAGGAGCGUGCGAAGGCAUCAGAAAAAGUCCUACAGGAUGACUUUUUUGAUAUUUGA